CCGGAGCCUUGAGAGAGGCGUAGCGGCUGCGGAGGCAACAAGUGCUGGAGGCAAGCCGGAACUGUUCACGCCGCAGACUCCGCCGGGCCGCCCGUCCCGGGCGCCGCGCAUGGAGCGUGAGCGGCGGCGGUCGCCGGGCUGAGCCGCGCGGAGCGGCUGGGACGUGGAUGAGGCCGAGAUCUCCCGCCCCCGCCCCGCCGAGCUGGAGCUGCUCCUGGACAAGGUAUGAGAAAUGAGUGUUGGACGUCGAAGAAUAAAGUUGUUGGGUAUCCUGAUGAUGGCAAAUGCCUUCAUUUAUUUGAUUGUGGAAGUCUCCAAAAGCAGCAGCCAAGAAAAAAAUGGAAAGGGAGAAGUAAUAAUACCCAAAGAAAAGUUCUGGAAGAUAUCUAACGUACCUCCCCAGGCGUACUGGAACAGAGAACAAGAAAAGCUGAACAAGCGAUACAAUCCCAUUUUGAACAUGUUGGCCAACCAGACAGGGGAUGUAAAUGGGUCGUCAAAUAUAAGUCAUCUGAAUUAUUGUGAACCUGACCUGAGGGUCAUGUCAGUUGUGACAGAUUUUAAUAAUUUGCCAGACAGAUUUAAAGACUUUCUCCUGUAUUUGAGAUGUCGAAAUUAUUCACUGGUUAUAGAUCAACCGAAUAAAUGUGCAAAGAAGCCCUUCUUAUUGCUGGCAAUUAAAUCCCUCACUCCACAUUUCGCCAGAAGGCAAGCAAUUCGAGAGUCCUGGGGCAAAGAAAUCAACCAGGGAAACCAGACAGUGGUGCGAGUCUUUCUGCUGGGCCAGACUCCCCCAGAGGACAACCACCCUGACCUUUCUGACAUGCUGAAAUUUGAGAGUGAGAAGCACCAAGACAUUCUUAUGUGGAACUAUAGAGACACUUUCUUCAACCUGUCUCUAAAGGAAGUGCUAUUUCUCAGGUGGGUUAGCACUUCCUGCCCAGACACUGAGUUUGUCUUCAAGGGUGAUGACGAUGUUUUUGUGAACACUCAUCACAUCCUGAAUUACUUGAAUAGCUUUCCCAAGCACAAAGCCAAAGAUUUGUUUAUAGGUGAUGUGAUCCAUAAUGCUGGUCCUCAUCGAAACAAGAAACUGAAGUACUACAUCCCAGAGGUGGUUUUCUCUGGGGUCUACCCUCCUUAUGCAGGGGGAGGGGGAUUCCUCUAUUCUGGCCACCUGGCCCUGAGGCUGUACAACAUAACUGACCAGGUCCAUCUCUACCCCAUUGAUGACGUUUAUACUGGAAUGUGCCUUCAGAAACUUGGCCUCGUUCCAGAGAAACACAAAGGCUUCAGGACAUUUGAUAUUGAGGAGAAAAACAAGAAUAACAUCUGUUCUUAUGUAGAUCUGAUGUUAGUACAUAGUAGAAAACCUCAAGAGAUGAUUGAUAUUUGGUCUCGGUUGCAAAGUGCUCAUUUAAAAUGCUAAAAUAUACAGGCUAAAUUUUACAUAGAAAGAUAUAUCUUCCCUAGUUCCCAUGUUGUUUUCUCGUAUUAGGGUAAUUUCUGUGUUAAACCAUUAGAAUUACCUUUAAAGGUAGUAUCCAUGUGAAGCCCUCCAAACGCUUUAGUUUGGUACUUUUGUGACUAGGGAAAGCAGAUGAUGAUGAUUUUAAUGGAGAAUAUGGCAGGAUGAUUGGUUCUGAACUUUCCUACUGGAUAGUGGUCAUUAUUUUGUAGUUUAUCCUCCCUUCUCAUCUGAAAUCUUAAGUUCCUAGAAUGUGAUCAUUUAAGUUAUUUUUAUUUUGUUCUGYUAUAUAUUAUUCCUACUUCCAUUAUCAUGAUGGAUUUAUCUGUAAUUCAGGUGUUUAGGAACCUAAUGGCUACCAUGACUUUGUUAUUCAUGACUCAGUGGUUUUGUGAAAUGGAAUUAUAUUUAUUUUCAUGAAAUUUGGGUGAAUUUUAAAAAUUAUCUACAAAAUGGACUUCAGUCAAAAUUUCCUGCCACCCUAACAGUAUUUUCAUGUGUUAAUUUAAUCAGUUAAUUUUGCAUAAUGAGGAUCAUGUGUGACACAUGCAGUUUAUCUUCUUGUGGUCUCAUGGUCAUAAUGAGGAGAUAGUGAGUUUAAUUUCUCUUGUAUUUGGUUUGCUAGGUGGUAUCAUAAUAAUCUGAUUUUAGUAUUGUUGAAAAUAAUGAUUAUGAUUCCAUAAUGGCCAACUGGAAAUUGGAUUGCCAGUGACAACCAUAUGGGUUUAUGAAUUUUCACUAUGGAUCAGGAAAGCAUAGUGACUUUUGAACUUGGAAGUGAAAGGUUUGAAAUUGUAGGCUUUUUCUUACCUGGUCUGUCAAUUUAAAACUCCAGGAUUCUAUUCUUGCCAUAUUUUCACAUGUUGCUUAUGCAAAAUUAUUAUUCUGAGUAGUGAUCGCUUCCCUGUCUCAGUGUAGAAGUGCCUGUGUUUUUAUUUAUUGUUCAGAUCAAAGACCAAAACAUUUUCUUAAAUAUAUUUUGUGUAAUAUUUUAUUUGUAUACAGUGUUGUUGGUGAUAUAUUUAACUAGAGCAUGAUAUUUUAAAUGUUAAGGUGUAACAUAUGUUAAAUAAAGCUAAUGGUUAUUUUUGAAUUUUAAAAUUUUGGGUUUUUUUGGGGAGUAUGAACUACUAGUUGAUAAAAUUCUGCCAAACUAUUGCUUAUAUGUACUAUCUUAUAACAUGCUUUCUCAACAUAUUUUUGUGUUUUUAGAGAUAAGAAUUCUUAUCACAUGCAAUACUAGGGACUGUAAAAAAGUGGAAAUAAAGUCACUAUUUUUAA